UGCCCACCUCCUGCAGCCUCCCGCGCCCCGCGGGGCCGGCGGAUGGAGCUCCGCCGCGGCGGCGUGGGGAGCCAGGCGGUGGGGCGGAGGAUGGAUGGGGACUGCCGAGAUGGCGGCGGCGGCGGCGGCGGCUGCAAGGACGUCGGGUCGGAGGACUACGAGAACCUGCCGACCAGCGCCUCGGUGUCCACGCACAUGACAGCCGGAGCGAUGGCCGGUAUCCUGGAGCACUCGAUCAUGUACCCGGUGGACUCGGUGAAGACACGAAUGCAGAGUUUGAACCCAGAUCCCAAAGCCCAGUAUACAAGCAUCUAUGGAGCUCUCAAGAAAAUCAUGCAGACGGAAGGCUUCUGGAGACCCUUGCGGGGCCUGAAUGUGAUGGUGAUGGGUGCCGGGCCCGCCCAUGCCAUGUAUUUUGCCUGCUACGAAAACAUGAAAAAGACUUUAAAUGAUGUUUUCAGCCACCAAGGAAACAGCCACCUAGCCAAUGGGAUAGCUGGGAGUAUGGCCACCCUGCUCCACGAUGCAGUAAUGAAUCCAGCGGAAGUGGUGAAGCAACGCAUGCAGAUGUUCAACUCGCAGCACCAGUCGGCCCUCGGCUGCAUCCGGACGGUGUGGCGGACCGAAGGGUUGGGGGCCUUCUACCGGAGUUACACCACUCAGCUGACCAUGAACAUCCCUUUCCAGUCCAUCCACUUCAUCACCUAUGAGUUCCUCCAGGAGCAGGUCAACCCGCACCGGGACUACAACCCCCAGUCUCACAUCAUCUCGGGGGGCCUGGCCGGUGCGCUGGCCGCGGCGGCCACCACCCCGCUGGACGUCUGCAAGACCCUCCUCAACACUCAGGAGAACAUGGCACUGUCCCUGGCCAACAUCAGCGGCCGGCUGUCAGGCAUGGCCAACGCCUUCAGGAUGGUGUACCAGCUCAACGGCGUGGCCGGCUACUUCAAAGGCAUGCAGGCCCGGGUCAUCUACCAGGUGCCCUCCACCGCCAUCUCCUGGUCGGUCUACGAGUUCUUUAAGUACUUCCUCACCAAGCGUCAGCUGGAGCAUCGGACUCCAUACUAAAGGAUCGGGCAGUGGGAAGUGAUUCCAGAAUGUUUUGUGUCCGCCUUGGCCUGCCAGCCUCACGCUCAGGUUCUUUCCCUCCAGGGUGCUCGCGCCAGGCCCUUGGUUCCCUGGUGCCUUAGAAAGGGGCGCGGGGGACGAACCAGGCCUCCACUGACCAAAAGGCUGUCUGUCUGUCUGUCUGUGGGGACGUCCGAGGUGGUGGUAGGUUUUCUCAUCCUUCCUCAAGAGGAAUGUAGCUGAUCUGCUUCAGUGUGGCCUUCUUCCUAGAUCCUUAGGUCUUAGCCAUAGGGGGAGAGAAAUAGUGAGCACAUUAAAGGAAAAAGAGUUUAUGUAUAUAUAAGUACCAUUACACAGUCUAAAAUAGGUGGAUAAUGUUUAUCCUUUAUUUUUCUACAUAGAAAUUUUUGAAUUUGAGUGUGCGUGUGCGUGUGUGUAUGCUUGCAUGUGUGCGUGCUUGUGUGUAUCCAUAGCUAGUUUUGCAGCCGGAAUUAUCCAAGCUGUAUUUAAAAAGUAAGAUUGAAUUCUUCUAUCAGGCUAAGAAAAAAAAAAUUUUUUUAAGAAAAGCACCAAAGUAAUAGCUCUAUGCAGCUUAAAACUGUGUAGCACCCCCUCCCGUGGAAGUUUCACUUGAAUGUAAAAUGUAAAAUAAAUAUUAAGUUUAUGUAUUGAA